GUGAAUGGCUGUCGUAUGCCGGCCUCACUUUCUGCUAAUCCAAAUUAAAUCUGUUUUCCUUUGGGAAGUUAUGUGAUAAUGCAGUUACUUUACGUUAUAUUCAUUUUGAUAAUUUGUUCCUGUAAGUGAAAAUUACAUUUUAAAAAUGUUAAAUUUCUACAUAAUUAAUGAUUCAUUAUCAGAAAUUAUCGUAAUUCAAUUAGUAAUUGCACACAUUUUGAUACUUGUAUUGCACCACUAAGGACCACUUGGAUUUUGCUUGGGGACACUAGGCACUGGUCAUUUCAUUUUCAGUCGAAUUGCUAUGUAUAUUACUAUUAACUACAAUUACAGUUUAUAUCAAUAAUCAUUAAGAUUAAUAUUGAUUUUAUAUCUCAAUGUUUUAUAUUAUUUUCACCUAUUUUUUGUGGGCUGUGGCUAUUCGGACUCAGGUAUCAGAAUUGAGAGUUUGGGUUUAUUUUUAUUAGAAAAUAUUUAAAAUAUUAUUGUAGUGUUUGCAAUACAAAAUUAGAUAUUAAAUAAAAUAUAAUUGAAUGCACUAUAUUUUUGUAAACUUACUUCUUCAGUUUAACUAAAAUAAACUACCACAAAUGACAUCUGAAUCUGAAUAGUAUUCAGUCUAAUUUAUAAUAAUAAUAAAGCUUUUGUUACAUUAUUAUUACUAAGUCAAAUAUCAUAUUCACACUCAAACAUUAAAAUUAAAUUUAAAUUAUUUUAAUUAAUUUAUCAAAUAAAUAUACAAUUUUUUUUUAUUACAUAUAUAUAUUAUUAAUAUGAUAUUAUGGUGCCACAAUUCUGUAUUAAAGAUAAAUGUAGAACAUGGUUAAAUUGGAAUAAUAUUAAAUAAUAGUAAUAUUAUUGUUAUUAGUAAUAAAGUAAAGCAAUGCUCAUUAUUAUUGUAUUAUUAUAUUAACUGUAGUUUAUAUCAAAUUGAUAACAGCCAUUUCCAUCAACCCAUUUUUUUUUAAAGUGGGGUUACCACUGAUAUAUUUAAUUUUCUUACCCAUUAAAAAAAAAUUUUUUUUUUUUUUUUUUUAAAUUCAUAACUUUUUUUUGAAAUAACCUAUCAUUACAAAUUAGGGUUAUUUUUUUGUGGGAAUGAUCACAACAUUAGAACGGGUAAACAACUUUGUAAUACAAAUUUACACAAAAAAAAAAUAAUAUUGAUAACAGCCAUUUCCAUCAACCCAUUUUUUUUUAAAGUGGGGUUACCACUGAUAUAUUUAAUUUUCUUACCCAUUAAAAAAAAAUUUUUUUUUUUUUUUUUUUAAAUUCAUAACUUUUUGUUGAAAUAACCUAUCAUUACAAAUUAGGGUUAUUCUUUUGUGGGAAUGAUCACAGCAUUAGAACGGGUAAACAACUUUGUAAUACGAAUUUACACAAAAAAGUAAUAAGCUAUUAAGUACAUACUUCUGUAUGAAAUUAAAUGCGUUGCCGAUCACAAUGUUCACCAUGCAGUAAAAAUGGUACCAGCUUGCUCAGAAAAAUAUGCGCCCCACGUCACUGAUGACAAAAUAAUUUAUUAUUAGAAAACUGACAUGAAACGCAAAAAAUCGAAAGCCUCAGCAAGCCGUCUGUUAUAUUGCCACAAGAGUUUUCAUCAGUUUUCGGUUAUGCGCAAACGGUAUGCCCGAGAGGCUGUCGAUAUACCUAUAAGGAACUUGGUCACGCAUAGCCGCUAUUUGGACCAGGGUCCCUACUUUAGACUAAAUACUAAACUAAAUUCUAUUCGGAUGUCAUUUGUGGUAGUUUAUUCUAGUUAAACUGAAAAAGUAAGUUUACAAACAUAUAGUCCAUUCAAUUAUCUUUCAUUCGAUUACCAUAUUUCGUCUUACAACCCAACAAUAAUAUUUUUGUAAUCCCAACCUCUCACUUCUGGGACCCAGGUCCCUAUAGCCACUUUGUUUUUUGUGAACAGUUUAUAAAUUAUGAAUGUUGUUUUAAUUUAGUCUACUAGUGCAUUUUUACAUGAUAAAUGAAAUUUAAUGAUACUGAUACUACAAUAUUGGAUAAUAAUAUAAUAUAUUAUAAAAUAUUUUAAAAUAAUUGAAAUGGUUUUUUUUUUCUUCAAUAUUUCAAAAGAUUCAGGGUAUUGUAUGUCAAUAGAAUUGUUAGGGCAUAUUCAAAACACCAGCAUCACAAAUUGUGAAAAGGGUCUUAUUAACACAGAUGUUGUAGUGUCCAAAUUCGAUGUCAAUUACUCCCAGGAGGAUCCAAGCCCCAAGUUUGCACAAUUUUACAUAAGAACCUUAAAAGAUGAUGGUCCAAAUCUGGUAAGUUUAUAUCAGAACAUCGAUUUUAAAUUGUAAAUUAAAAACUUUAUUGUAAAUAAAUAUUAUAUGCAUCAGCCUUUAUUCCAAUGUGUGUAUGAGUAUGGGAGUGCUCAGUUUUGACUCAUUAUUUAAUUAGGCUACACUUAUUAGACUUAUUAUUUUGUUUACAUUUUAUUGAGGUAUAAUUUUUUUCUUUUAUAAAUGACCAACUGAAAGAAUCCCAUAUUUUAAAUCAACAUUAUUAAGUAGGCUAUUAAAUUGGCUAAAUAUAUUUACUUUAAGAAAAAAAAUAUUUUCUUCAGAUACAUCUUACUUAGAUUUAAUUAUUUUUCAUAAUAUAGAUAAAUUUUUGGAGAAUAUCUUAAAUUUUAUGCAAAAAUGUGAAAUAUUAUUAUUACUGUAUAUGUAUCCCAUUUAAUGUGUAAUUUAAUUUUGUUCAUUGGGUUUUUAAAAGCUUAUUAUUUCUGAAAAAAUAUCAUUAAAUUCUCUUGCAAGUAAACAUUGCUCAAAAUUUAUACUAUUUUUUAAAUUCAUCUAAAAAUGUGUUUUAAUGCAUAACAUAGCCAUAGCAUUAAAAUGAUCCCUUAUCACUAAAAUAAGUUAAAUUGCUUGUAUGUAUAUAUGUAUGGCAUCUUUCCGUCUGCGGGAGACGAUAGAUUAUCUUUAUUGCUUGCAGCUCUUGGUGUGGCUGGUUAGACCAAUACUCAAAUGGCAGUCUCUGUUACAUUUCCCACACACGAAUGCGGUGGAGCAGUAUUUACAGGCCUUCCUCCUCGAUCUUUUUGCAGCUGUUUCCGCCCUGUUUUGAUCCUCGGCAUGUAGUGAUCCUGCCUUCGCGAUGUCCCGCCAUGAGGAUCAAUCCUCUGCCAGCUCCUCCCAGUUUGAGAUGUCGAUGUUGGCCGACUUCAUGUCUCUUUUGCAUAUGUCUAAGUAUCUCAGACGAGGCCGUCCAACUGACCUUUUGCCUGUGCCAGCUCGCUGUAUAGCACGUCCUUUGAUAUGCGACCAGGUUGCAUUCGCUUGACAUGUCCAAGCCAGUGGAGGCGUCUUUGGAUUGACAUGGCUGGGAUGCUACACGUUUGUUUGGGACAGGACAUCCGUGUUGGGGACUUUGUCUUGCCAUUUAAUGUCAAGGAUGUGACGCAGGCAUCUGAGGUGGAAGCCAUUCGUGUUUAGAGUAUGUGGUCCACGACUCUCAUCCAUACAGGAGUGUGCUCAGUACGCAGGCCUGGUACACCUGCAGCUUAGUUCUUGUUGUGAGUUUGGCGUUUGACCAGACUCUUUUCUUCCGUCUGGCCAUGACAGUUGCGGCCUUCCCUAUCCUUCCACUUAUCUCAUCCUUCAUUGAGAGGGUGCUCGAUAUGUUGAAUCCCAGAUAUGUGAAACUGUUGGCAUUCGUUGGCAGGACAGGGUGCCUAACGUGGAGGUUUUGGAACGUGCACACAUGUUUAGCAUAUUCUCCUUUCUUAUCAAGAGACGCCUUUGCUGGUUAGGUCAUGUACGGAGAAUGGAGGAAGGACGUAUCCCAAAGAUUCUGCUGUAUGGAGAGUUGGCAGAGGGGACAAGACAUAUUGGACGACCGCGCCUGAGAUUUAUUGACGUUUGCAAACGAAGCAUGAGGGAAGCCGAUAUUGAAACAAACGAAUGGUAGUUCAUUGCCAAACAUCGCUCCAACUGGCGUACAGCAGUGUUUGAAGGAGUGAAAAAGGCAGAAGUUACUCGAAACGAGGCCCUCGAAUCAAAAAGAACAAUUCGAAAAUCAAGAAUUUACCGGGAUUCAACAUUCUCCUGCGAGAGAUGCAGCCGUGAUUGCCAUUCUAGGAUUGACCUAGUGAGCCACUCAUCAAAGUGUAGAACUAUAUAGCUACUCCAUCGUCUUACGAAGACGUAAGGGUGCCAUAUUAUUAUUAUAACAGAAAUAGUUAAAUGUGGUAAAGCAUCACAAGUUAUUAGAUAGGUGCAGAAAUUCCCAAAGGAUAUUUAAGCGCAACAUUUUUUAAAUUUAUAUUGCUAUGUUCCAUUAGGCUUUUGAAUUUGUCCAGUCAAUAUUAAACUGUAUAUCUGAUUAAUCACUAGUUUAAUGGGAUUAUAUACUCCCUUUUUUCAAAGCUGUUUUAAUUGAAAUUUUAUUUGACAAAUUUCUAGUCUCAUUAUUUGCUAUAUUAGAAAGCAUGAAAUCGCUUAAAUUUCAGUUGGAAGAUGAUGUUAUCGAUCUAGAGCAACACUGUACCAGUGAUCAAGACUCAAAAUGUUUUAGAACAGGACCAGACAGAGUAAUUAUCACCAUUAAGCUAAAAGGGUCAACAAAUUACAGUGGGGCAAGCAUUCAUGCUAAAAUAGUUACUUCAUCAAAUGAAGAGGACAUAAAGAGUCCUCCAUAUAAAUUUCCAGACAUACAUGGUAAGGCAUAAAUGUAUUUAUUUUGCUGAAUUAUCUAGACUUUCGAUUAUCAUGAUAAAUUUUCCCUUAAAGCUGCGCAGCCACCCAGCUAUGUCAUAGCCGCCGUGCAGCAGUUUUGAGUAUCAGCGCAGCACAUUUUUAUAAAAAUAAAUGCGAAAAGAUAUGCUGUACUCUGCAGCUGGAAUUAUACAGUUUUCAUAGCAUAUACAUCCAUCUUUUUAAUUUGAUUCAGAUCUAUAUUUUUGUCUUCUGUUUUUUUUUACAUAGAACUAUUGAUUUACAUACUCACUGAUACACACCGGAUCAAGCUAGCCUUGUUCUGAACCACCGCUGCCAUUCAUGUAAAUUUCGUGGCGCAUACUGUGCAUUGAUUAUAUAUAAAGUAAAUAAAUCGCAUAUCUCCAGUUUAUUAUAAAUAUAGUAGCUAAUUAUUUUUAAUAAUGUAUUAACCAUUAUGUCUAAACAUUAGUUAAGCCAACUGUCAGUGUCAUCCCUUGCUAAGAAAAAGUGUAGAUAAAAUUUUUAAACGGAAUGGCUCCAUGAAUUUGUGCAUGCAGCACUACCAUAUUCGUCAUCAGAGCAAAGUGUCAAAAUGGGGGAUAUUUUUAAAUAUUGUGAAAUUGGUGAUGAUUUUGUCUGUGAAAUGUGCUUCAAAUGGGCUUCAAAGCUAAUGCAGCUGGAUUAUCUUUAACGACAUAUCAAGUAAAAAAUACACACACAUGCUGUACAGAGACUUCGUUCUAUACAGUCAGAAGGUGUACUGCGAAUGCUUACAGAAAGUAUCGCUGACUGAGGCAUGAGAUAAAAAGCAGUGCAAUGUAAAAGUGCUAAAGAAGACCAGGUUAAAAUUUUGAUUGACUACGUCCUCUUGGCUAUCAACAUGAACACAUGUAUGAAUGGGGUUCAAUACAUACACAACCAUAUGGCUAAGUAUAUCCCAGUAGCUGAUAGCUGGCGCAGUAAGAAUUACACUUUUUAGUUUGUUGAUUCUAUCGAUUCUGUAGUGAAGGAUGCUAUAAUUAGUGAACUUCGCAAUGCAAAAUUCCACACAUUAACAGUAGAUGAGAGCACUGAUAUAUCGCUGAAAAAAUGUUGAUCUUAUGCGCAAAGUUUCUGCCAUAUUUCGGUAAUGUUUACACGAUAGUGUUGGUUGGGAUUUAGUCUCUGUCAGCAUGUGACAGUAAAUCUGUGUUUCCGGCAAUAACAGAGUUUUAUCAAGAGAAUUCAUUGGACAUGCAGAAAAUGGUCAUGUUCACCUCUGCAUCGGUUAUGCUAAGCAAGAACAAUGGAGUUGCAGCACUUCUUUGCUGAAUGUAUUGCUCAUCAACUGGAACAAAAUUGCAUUGCUCAUCAUGAAGAUUAAAGCAUUGAAGAUGCUUGCAAACAUAUAAGUUUAAUGGCAGACAUUGAAACAUUCCUUGGGACAACGGACACAUUGUUCAGUAGGCUAUAGGUCGACAUUACGGAAAGCCCAGUUUACUGAACUAGCUACGACUUUGGAAUGCGAUUCUGUAGCCUUUAGACCAUUGAACGAAAUCGUGUGGUCCCUGAGAUGGCUUUCGCUGCACUUUUCUUUAAGAGCUUUGCCGAGAACUAUACAAGUGUUGACUGAAUACUGUGAGGAGCAGGUGGGCCUGUAUAAUGAUCCAGUUCAUAAUCGCUGUUUGAAGAAACUAAGGCAUCAGCAGUUUGGAACUUCACUGAUUGUCUUUGAUGAUAAGUUGUUGGUGAAAAAAUCUUACGACCAUCGAGGCAUACCAGUUUGUAAAAGCAAGGAUCGCUAAGUUCUGUGCCCAGUACCUUGGUGAAAAUGUGCCCUGGUAAGAAGAGUUUGCUGAAUUGGGUGCUAAUGAAGAGGAUAUAAGCAUGAGUUCCAUCCUAAAAUUCAUUGAAUGUUUAUGUUUGCACCUGGACUCUCGUUUCCUUGAAAGUGAGUUGAUGAAAUGGCGAAUAUUUAAGAUAUCAGGGUUAAUCGACACUUCAUAUUUUAAUUUUUGACAAGAAGAACUUGCAGCACUGGUUUCUAGAUAUGCAGCAUUCCUGGAAAACUAUGAUGACAUUCUCUUGAUUUAAAAGUCAGGGGACUAUAUUACCAGCACAUUCCAAAAUUAAUAUUAUAAUAGUGAAUCACAAGUUGGACACUUAUUAGAGGGGAAUAACUCAACAAAGUUUUACUUCUCCCAGAAAUGAAUUGAACAAAUAAAGGGAUAUUUUGUGUUUGCAAAGAUGUUAGUCCCAGGCAGUAAUAGCCCUAUCUACUUUACUGCUCAAUAGUAAAAUUAGUGAGAAAUACCGUGCCAUCGUAAGGCAUGGGGACACUGCGCACCUUCCCAGGGUCUUGCACUUUAAUAUGGCCUCAUGCUCGAUGGACCUCUUGCCUCUUGGGGAACCUCACACCUCUAGGGUGCCUCACACUUGAAAUAUUUUUGGAAAUUUAUUUUGCUUUUAUAAUGAAAGCAACAAUGCCAUUUCUCAAGUUUAUUUUAAAAAGUUUUUCAAUUCUCACAUCAUUUCAAUUUCUUGGUACAAGUUUUUGAAAAAGUUUUUUUUUAUUAAUUAUCAAUUUCCAAAAAAAUCCAUUACUUUUCUUCUUGGUGGGGGUUUUGGGAAGGAGUAAAUCAAAGAGUCUUACAAAAAGGCACCAAACGUUCAUUAUUUAGUAAUUUAAAAAUUAAAAAAUGUUAUAGUUUUGUAGUUUUAAAUUCCAUAUAAACUUUAUCAAUUACUGCAUUUAUUUUGAAAAUUAUGUUUUCUCUUUUUCUUUCAAAUAAAUUCACAUAAUAAAUAUUUGACGUCUGUCGUGAAUAUUUUCUUUCUUCUUUUUUUUUUACACCAUUUAAAUACAAUUUAUUUUAAAAAAUGACCUGUUUUAAAUAGUAAUGCAUAAUCUAUUGUCCUUCUCUACAAAACAGUAUUUUUUUCUCAUUUUUAUGUAAAUUUAGGGAAAUCCUACUUAAGUUUUAAAUUAAAUCCAAAAUGAUAAUGUGAUAGUUAUAUACUAGCAGCAAUAGUUCCGUUUGUGUGUGAUAUAAUUAAGUUGGUUUCUGAAUUUGUACGAUCAUUUUGCAAUAUUUAGUUUUGGACCCAGUAUCCUAAAUUAUUUUUUCACUGAUAUGAGCUAUUUAAGUAUAAUUUCCUUGCGCGUUCCCAUACCAUUCAUCUGAUUGUGAUAAAACUUUGGUUAGUUGUGAGCAUGCCCGCAAAAGGUUUCUAAAUAAGUACAACCAUUUUCAUUAUUAGGGGGCCAUAAAUUCUUUUUUUUCUUCUUAUAUUAGCUAUGUAAAUAUAAUGUCAAACAGAGCUAUUGCAUGGGUAGAUGGCAUUGAAUCAAAUACAUAUGUUUCUGAAUUAGUACAUCCAUUUAACAAUAUUCCGUUUGGGGCCAGGGGCCCUAAAUAUUUUUAACAUGUACUAAAUGAGCUAGACCCUAUAUAAAUAUAAUUUCGAACAAAGCUAUUGCAUGGGUGGAUCAAUGGCUACUACUGUGUGGACUACAUUUCAAAAUCCAUGUUUCUCGCAUGGAUAACUGUUUGUGGCCUGCUCAUGUUUCCAAAAAUCUUCUAAUUUUUUAGAAUACGCACCAGACGGUAAAAACAAAAAAGUGUGUAUAUAAAAAGUAUUUCAAAAAACAUAAUUAAAACACAAACAUUUAUUUAUUUGGCUACAACUGUGUAAACUAAAUUUUUUAAGUAUGCCCCAGAUGGUAAAAACAAAAUAUUAUGCAUAUAAAAAGAACUUCAAAAAACAUAAUUAAAACAGAAACACUAUUUCUUUGAGUGGCAUGCCGGGUUCUUGCUAAUGUAUAUAUAUAUAUAUAUAUAUAUAUAUAUAUAUAUAUAUGUAAUAAAUAAAGCCCUCUGUGAUUAAUUAAUAUAAUGCUUUAUUUAAAAUUUCACAGAUUCCUCAGAAGUUGAUUUUAAAAACAAAAUAUAAUAUAUAUAAAAAGAACUACAAAAAACAUAAUUAAAACAGAAACACUCUUUCUUUGAGUGGCAUGCCGGGUUCUUGCUAAUAUAUAUAUAUAUAUAUAUAUAUAUAUAUAUAUAUAUAUAUAUAUGUAAUAAAUAAAGCCCUCUGUGAUUAAUUAAUAUAAUGCUUUAUUUAAAAUUUCACAGAUUCCUCAGAAGUUGAUUUGUCAAUUGAUGGUAAAAGAACUUCUGAGAUUAAAAUAUUUAGGAACCUCACAUCGCCUGAAACAACUGUUGCUUUUGUAUGUGAAAGCAAAGUUAAGCCAUGUUGGAUACAGAUCUCAGAAGACAAUAAAGUUCUAAGUGAAAACAAAGAUUUGAUUAACUUUGUCGUAGUUAGCAUAGCUCAAGGGAACAGGCUACUUACAAUAACUUAUGGAUGUUGCAGUUUAAAGGGCUAUGUUAAAACAAUCUUGUAUUACGCUCAUGGAGGUAAGCCAAAGAAAGCCACAACCUAAAGCCUUGUCAUUUUCUUUUAAUUGGCUAUGUCAAAAUUUAGCUAUAUUUUAAUGUAAUACUAAUAGCAAUAUUUCUUGUUAUUAUGUAUUUUAAACUCAUAUAUAUACAUAUUGUCAUUUGUUUAGUAAUGGAAUUUUCUUCAAUGAUUUCAAGACAUAAAGUCCCAGUAAUUGCUAUGCUGUUUGAAUAUCAUUAAAUAUAUACAGUAUAGUGUUGAUUAUCUUAAACGCCAUUUUAGUGACCUGACACUGUAUUUUUAUCUCCUUCUCUUCUUCUAUAUUUUGAGGACCCAUGAUCAAUGAAUUGAUCAUUCUGGCUUCUAUGUAUCAGAGUGGUUCACAAUGUAAUUGUGCAUGGUUUUGAAAGGGAUACUUCACUGGUUGCAAGGUUUACUCAGUAAAUAAAAGAUAAUAAUUGAUGACCUGCAUUCAAGUUGUGUAAAUGAAAUAUAAGGACAAGGUAUACUAAACUUGAAUUAAUAGACUUGUUUGCUGAUGAAGGCUCUAAGCCGAAACGUCCAAAUCUUUUGUCCUGUCUAUUAAUUCAAGUUUAGCAUAACUUGUUUUCACAUUUGAUUUACUCAGUAAUGGUAUUAUUAACUGGGGAUUGGAUGACAGGAGGCAAUAGAUGCAAAUGUGUCAAGUGUAGUCGACCCUUCUGUUGCUUUUGGAAGCUUGUUCCAGUCCCUUAAAGUUAUUGUCUUUGGCAGGAACGAGGAGCUCCUGUACUGAGUUCUUGUUUUUAUGAGCCAGAAAUGCCUGUUGUAGCCUCGUCGCCGUCUAGGGGGAGAAAGGGACAAGUUUCUGUUUAAUGCUGGAGAAGUAGACCAGCCCAUUUUUUAUCUCGUACAUUAUGGAGAGCCUGGAUAGUCGUCGUUCCUCCAAUGGUGACCAGCCCAGUGUUUCUAGCAUGCUGCCAACACUUGAGGUGUUUCUGCUAUAUGAAAUGAGUGAAUCAAAGUAAAGUUAAACCUGAAAAAGGAACGCAACAAACAAACGAACAUGUGCUGUUCUCCAGUCGGUUGGAACAUUGCCUUGGCAUAGUGACGAUUGGAAGAGGAUUGUCAGCGAGGGGGCGAUUUUAUUUGCCAAUUCUUUGAGCCACCAUGGUUUGAUGUUGUCAGGACCACAUGUCUUGUUGCGGUUAAUGGUUUUAAGGAGUGCCAGCACACCCUGCUCUGAAAUCUUGUUAUCUUCCAUGACGGGGUUAGCUCUGCUCAUCAUGUUGGUCUUCAGAAGGAACUUAGCCUCUCUACCACCACCGUCUGGAACUGUUGAUUUAGUAUGUCUGCCUGUGCUUUUGGUUCAGAUGUCAAAUGGCCGUCCCAUCUCGGGGGGGGGGGGGGGGGAACGCCUGUAUUUGAUGACUUUUUGUGCUUGACAUAGCUCCAGAAGCUCUUGUUCUUGAAACCCUUGGCUGGAGUAUCUUCCUCUGAGAAGAUGCCGUGCAGGUAGCUCUAGUAAGAUCUGCGCAGUAAGCAUUGGAUGGUUUGGGGGAGCCUCAAUACCUCGGCUUUCAGUUUGUUUAUAUUAUUAUUAUCUUAAGCAAUGACGAGGAGCAUUGGCACACAAACAACAGGAAAGAAGUAUGACUCUAGAAACCUUUUGUACAUUGUCUGACCAGACUGAGAAAAUCCGACCUAAAGACUUGUUAACUAAUAUAUAUUGCAUAAGACAAUUAAAAUAAGUUUUAAAUUACUUAAUAUCAAAUUUAAUGUUUAUUAACCUGAACAAAUUUGUACACUUGCAUAUCCCUUCAUUAAUUGGGACAUUAAAAUUAAUAUUCUGUUUUGUCUUUGUUUUUUUUUCAGACUUCUCUGAGUCUAAGGUUUCAAAUUAUUAUCUUCUUUUUAUCCUUGUUUUUCCAGUGGUUGCUAUAAUCAUAAUCAUAAUUAUAGUAAAGUGGUAAGUUCAUUCCUAAGUCCUGCUGUCAUUAAAUUAAAAACUGAAGCAUGUUUUAAUCAUCCUCAUAACAAUAAUUAAGUUGUUAAUUGUAAAUGUUGUUAGGAUAAUUAUUUCAUUACCAAAAGUUAGAAUAGCUUUUGAAAGAGUUAUUUAUUUUUUUAAAAAGAAGAUACGCCUUUACUUUAAGUAUAAAUUUAUAAUUGAUUUUUACAAAUGAAAAAUUUUUUUAACUCAUACUGAUAUUGUACAAAUUAUGUAUUCCUUGGCAACAAAUUUUUCUUUAGCUGCAUGCCUUAAAAAAUUGAACUAGGUGACUAAUAUGUAUUUCAAGCAAUCAGUUUUAGUUAACAAUCUCAUAAAUCCACUAGAUAAUCAUCACUUCCAAAAAAUAGGAUUUGACUUUAUCACAGAAUUUAUUGGUAUGAUAAGGUUUGCGGGCCUUGUUCAUAAUUAUAUACUGAGUAAUAUUACUACCAAAGAGAUGUAUAUAGGUUGGCUCCUAUAUGUCUAGCUUUAUUAAUCCAGCUGUUAAGACAAACCAAAAAAUCUAACAAUGCUAAAUAUAGGUAAAACAACUCCUCAGUACCAUUUGCUACAUAAUAAUUUACUGUUCUAAAUCAGACUUCAAAAAAAAAAAUCAGUUCAGGAGAAGAAGGGGUUAGUCUGCUUAUGAGUGGGUCAUAGGUGAUAUUUAUACUUUUCUAUAAGUACUUCAAUUCAAUUAUAGAAAACAAUGAUGAAGAAUGUAACUAACACAAAUCACAAUUAAGCUGUGUGCAAAAAUGGGUAACACCUUUUUUCUUCAUUUUGUGACUACCUUCAUGAGCUGUGCAAACAGAGAGUAUCAAAGUAGAUUCUGUACAUUGAAUAAUGCAAUGUCAAGUUGUCAUUUUUUAAAUUAGAAUAUAGCAGCAGUUGCAAUCUAUUUUUAGAACAGUAAGCAAAUCAUUUUUAUACGGUGUGGUAUCAGCACCUGAACUAUAUUUAAAACCAGUAACCACACUGGGAUAAUGCAAUCUGCACUUAUUACUUAUGCAAACUUGCUCAUAGAUAUUUGUAGCAUGUCACUUCAGAUCGACUGUCCUCGAAUCUCUACCUGAACUGUCUGUGGCCCAAAAACUUCUCCCUUAUGCCUUGUGUUAACCCUUUGCAUCACUAUAAAAUCUACCAGAUUUGAAUUGAAAAUUCUCCAAACAAGAUUGUUUUUACCCCAGGAUGCCUAUUCCUUGUCUGUGUCCAUUAUCAACUAUCAAGUUUGGGUUUUCUAUCCCUUUUAAUCAGUCUAGCACUAUCCAGGAAUCUGCAUGGUUGCUGCACAUUUUCUAACAAACUACAAACUGCAUUACUUAAAUUUUUUCAUGACACCUUAGACCAAAGUCUCUUAGUUUCCACCUGAUGUAUCCUUGGUUACCAGAAUAACAUAUCUUCUUUGUAUUACCAUAAAUUCCACCGAUGUCAGUGUCAAUUACUCUCUCACCUUUUAUCUUGUAUUUAUGGGGUACCCUCUUGUUGUUCUAUCAUUUGUCCUUCCAGCCCUGGUCAUUGUCAUUUAUGACUUAACCAGCAUUAAGGUUUUAAACAAUUCAAGAAUAUCUCUAAAAUUAAAAAAAACACCUCUAAGAAACUCAACACAGUGCACUGUGAGUGAGCUUAGAAUGAUCCUGAUCAGUAUAUGGUUUUCGGCAGUAAAACUUUUCCUUCUAUUAAUUCAAGUCUGACCAAGAAUUCCCUAAAAUUAUCGGGCAAAUUGGUUUAAGACAUCCCAGUAAUUAACUUAAAAAUGUAUAAACUAAAUUGUUAAGGACUAACAAACAAAGUUGGAGCAAGACAAACGUUUAAUAUGUACCAAACAACUUAUCUCAAGAUUUAAAAAAAAAGACAUUUCCACUAUUCCACUAACAUAUUUUUAAAAAAAUGAAAAUAUUUUGUUUAUGGCAUAGCAGGCAAAUCACUGAAAAUAUUGUAUUACCAUAAUUUAACUAUAUCAAGAAAUAUAGACCAAAAUGAUUUAAGAGGUGUCCAAUAAAUUAUUUGAAAACAUACCAACAGAAUUAGUUUAAAAUUAACCCGCUACGUUAUUACAAAAUGUAGCAAUAAAUUAAGCUAGAAGGGACUCUUUGUGGAGAUCAUCAACUAUAGAAGUCAUUGCAUUUUUAAAAAUUAGAUGACCAACAGUGAUUUUUUUAUUUUAAAAAAAUAUGUUAGAUUUUCUUUGAAAACGUGAAACAUUAUUUACAAAUUUAUAUUGUCACUUUUUAUUAUAACUUCCUUGCACUUUUAUCCCUUGAAUUGAACUUUAACUACAAAAUCAACUUUCUUAAACCUUUAAAGAUUUAAAUCAUUUGCAUUUUUAUAAUGCUUAUAAUCAGCAUUUUGAAUUAUCACAUCUUAAUUUAAGUUGGGAUUAUAGGAAAGCACACCCACAUUUUAGAACUGCUUGAUUGAUGCAUGUUUGUAUAUCCAUAUUUAAUGUUCUAAUGGUAAUUUGUAAGAUCCAUAACACACUAGUCAUAAUGUAAAAAAUUAGGGGAAAAUAAAAAACUGACAUUCCUCUUUUUCACUUAAAAUGCAUGGGUGCCCAUGAACUCUUCAAAUCGCAAAGACAUGCACACAGCAGUUUUACUAUUUUCAUUCCACUUACUUGCGGCAAUAUACAUCAUUGUAUUUCAUGCCCCAUUGUUUUUUUUUAGUCCUAUGAAUGUAACAACUCUUUUUGGGGGGGAAAUUUAUUUUAUACUAUUUAGUACAUUUUUUUAUAACUGUAAAUUUUUUUAAAAAGUAUUUUUUAAUAUUAUUUUAUUUGCUCUAAGCUUGACUUUAUGGAAUCUAUCCUAGAAUAUUCAUAAGGUUAUUCAUAUAUUAAUGUCUAACAAAGUGUUAUUUACAGCGCAACUUGUUUGAAUUGUACUGAAAAUCAUUUUAAUUAGAAUAUGGCCUCCUACACUGCCAAUUAUGAACUAAGCAAUAUUUUAUAUACAUUCAAUAUGAAUAAAGGUAUAGAGUAACAGUUCAAUCACUGAGUUUCAGCUUCUGAUUUGUAUGGUCAUUUUUUUUUAAACCUGCAUUUAUAUUUCUUUAACAGGGACAAAAUUAAAACUUGUUACAAGAAAUUGAUUAAAAAGAACCAAGAUUGGUCAGAAAGGCACAAAGUAUCAAAAAAGAACUCUUCAUGAAGGUUAGUGAAUUCAUGAAAUGUGCUCUAGUGUUAGUUUUUUUCCAUAAGGGCAGUUCGAGCAUAUCUUUCCAUGUGAAAUUAAUUUUUAACAGUAAUUUUAUUUUGUUAAAAGCAUGUCUCCUCAAUUUUGAGAAUGUUGAAAGUUGUGCUUCCAUGGCAAGUUAAUGAUUUUUUAAUGGAUUUAUUUAUCUAAAACAUUAUUUAUAUUGCAUGAAGGUAUAAAUUAUUUAUCCCAGGACAAAAUAAAAAUUAGAUCAUCAACAAAAAAAUUAUCCAAAUACAUUACAUAUUAGUAUUAGGCUUACAUGCAACAAAACUAGGGAACAAAAGGACUCUAAAUUUAAUAAGUAGUCUAAUAUGUCUUAGUAGGCCUUCCAGUGAGUUUCAAUUGAUAUUUUGUGUCCCCCUAGAGUAGCAAAACUAUCCUAUUACUAUUAAGAGUCUGUGAUAAACAUUCAUAAAUAUGAACUAAAGCAACGUUUUUCCAAAUGCCAGGCCAUAACCUGACACUGGGCCACAAAAGUCUUUUGACCUGUGUGAAGCAGGAUUUACAACACAGGAUUUCAUAACUAAAAGAAAAAUAUGUAAUCGAUUGGAAGUAGUCCAGGAUCUAAGAAUAAGCUUAUCAUCUUUUUUCUCAUUAUAUAAACUUUUUAGUUAACAAAAAAAAAACACAUCACACUUUUCCGUUAAAUAUUAUUUAUUUAUCUGUUCAAAUUUAAUUUAUCAAAAUGUUUUCUUAGAGUAAAUGAUUCUUUAUAAUGCUAGCUGAAAACUACAAGAAUCAGUUUGGUGUUACCUCUAAGCAUAGGAAAGUAUAAAUGAUGAACAAAUUUUAGUGGGUCAUGAAGCAGAAGUAAAAAAAAAAUAACCAGGCCACAAAAUAAAAAUAAAACGGUUUUGGAAAUUUUAUAGUGGGGAUCUUCUAAUUUCCUCCAAGGGCUAUAUAAAAAGUUUGUUUAGUUUAAUAUGUAAAUUUUAAAAAAGCGAUUAUUUGUUACGCAAUUUUAGUAAUCAAAAUAAUCAAUUUUAGUAAUCAAAAUAAUCCAUGCUUAAGAAAACCUGUAUGUAUUUGUAUUCAAUGGCUUGCAACAGGAAUAUGUUUGAACCAAGAUAUAUAUAUUUAAAUGCAAUGUAAUUUACUUUAAAAGUAAUGCUAUUUUUAAAAAAUCGCAUUGACUUUACUUUAAUACAGUAUACAGAACUGGUAAAACAAACAUUUAUUUCAAUUUUUUGUAUCAAACCAGAUCUAAUGAUGAGGAAGAGGAAGAUUUGUAAAAAAGGUAACAUGUUUUAUUGAAGUUAUUUCUAAAAUCAUCUUUUUUUUUUCUUGCUUUGGCCAUUGUCAAGAGUGCUAAAUGUUGAUGGAAAAUGCUAAACUAUAAGCAUCAUAACUUGUUAUGCAAUACAUUUAGAAUAUAUAAUGGUAGUUAUAAGCACUUAAUUUAGUUUUAUUCAUUAUAUGGCAUAUAAUAUAGUUAGUAUUUUUUUUUUUAAAUUUGGUAAGUACAUAUACAUAGACGUAUAUGAGGAUGGUCCACAUUUUUGAAGUUUGAACAUAGUCUGACCCUCUUAGUUUGUUCCACUACGCAAGAAAAUAACUCCUGAAAAUUUUCAGUGAAAUUGAAUCAUAUUUAAGGGUAGCUCGAGUAGAUUAAAUUUUGGUCAUUGUCUUCUUUAUGAAUACCUUAAUUGGAAAAAAAGUGAUGCAUUGGUCACAAAUGCAAAAAUAGUACACUUUAUUGGCACUACAUGUAUUUUAUGCAAAAGGGUCAUUGAAGUGGAGCCUGCAUUCUUUUAGAACAAAUAUUGGGAAAGGACUUUCUCUGCCACCACCAUGUCAUAGAUGGAGGUUUUUUCUGGCUGUUGUCUUAGUUGAGGGUUUGGGGCUGCAACUUCUUGUCAUGGUUUAAGUGUAAGAAACUCUUCAAGCAACCUUGGAGCAAAAUUGAUCCACAUUGUUACGAAUGAAGUGCUAAUAAUGAAAUAGUUAUUGGAAGUUUAUAAGAUGACAAGGGCAGUUUCAUGGAAUUUCUGAUAGGGCAACCUCAACCUUUGCAACCCAGAGAUGGUUACAAGGAAUUUUUCAAGUUAGCUAUUAUAUUUGUAGGAGAAACACCAUGACGCAGAGUUUGAUGUUUGAUCCCUUAAGCUCUUCAUCCUGCAAGGUGCAUGGCAAAAGCAUUAUACUUCUACCCUUAAAAAAAAAGGAAUUUGCUCAGGCUAUUCAAACUCAAUGCAGUAGGGGAAAGAGGAUUUGGUGAAAUAUACAUCUUCCUAAUAAGGGUCUACAGCGAGGCAUGGCUUACCGCCCCUCAAUGUAUUUCUUCUCCUAAUAAUGACCUAAAGGUCCUUUGAAAACUUAGUGACUAUGAAAAGGUAAAUGCUUCUCCCUACAAAGUUUCUAUCAAGAAAUUAGAAGGUCAGCUUGUGUAUCUCAGUGAACAGCUUGUUGGAUGACAUUUUCUCAUGAAACUCUGUCUUGAAGGUCAAUGUUGAAGUCUAAUUAUGAAAAUUAAGGAAUGAAUGAACCUCCCAAAGAGCAUUCAGCUUAAUUCCAAGACAAUUGCUGGAGAUAAUUUUAUGAAAAUAAAACAAUUUUUUAUUUUUAAAAAAUGAAUUCCUUCAUGCAUUUGAGCAUCCCAAUGGGCUAUCUAGAAUGAGUCUGGGACAUACAAUUCUCAGAUUGCAAACAAGGUAGUGAGAUUGUUACAACGUUGAAGGUGUUUAAUGACAAAGUAGAGAGAUGUGUGGCGCUCGUACCGGAGUUUAACAGCAUUAUAACAAGGGAGGUGGUAACAGAAACAAUAUUUGAUGCCAGCUGUUCAGGAGUCGUCGUCGUGUUUGCCUGACUGCAAGAAGACAACAUUGGCCACAGAUGUCACUUUGGACAUGUGAAGUUAGCAGCUGAAAGCUAGCAGCUGAAAGCUGCAUUACGCAUGAAUUUUUAUUCUUAGAGUGUGUGUUGAGUCUUAAGUUGUUAAUAUGUAAUUCUAUGUAACAGAAAUAGUUUGAAGUAAGUUUAAAUGGUAAACACUAUCAAAUACUAUAAUGUUAAUGUCUUCGUAUAUUAGCGUAAAAUAAAGAACCGCCAAGGCUAUUGAGCUACCUGUAAAUGACACUUUACAUACAUUGUUUUCUUAGUAUAGUAGAACAUAAAAGGGGGUCUGAUCAUUGAAAAGUUUUUUUUUUCUCUUAUUUUGUGGACCACCCAAAUAUAAAGAUAUAUAAUAUUUCUGAUUAUCACAUGUUUACAGAAUAAGGAAUCAUCACAAUGUAAAGUUAACUGGUGCUGAAGUUAUCAUACAGUGUUCAAGUUGUACAAGCAUGUCUUAUCAAUCGUUGCAUGCAGCUGUGGUUACCGCCUUAGUGUUUUGAUUGUAUAGUUGAGACUCUCCCUGCAUGUUUAAUGAAAACUUGGAGAUGAGAAAUAAUUGUUUGAGAUUUUUACAAAAUAUUUACACUAUAUGUUGUUGACAG